GUGGUGAUUCUGUCCCAGGAGCAGAUCUGUCACGGUGGCAGUGGCUCUGUCAUGGCAGUGGCUGCAUCACGGUGGUUCUGUCAUGGUGGCAGCGGCUCUGUCAUGGUAGUGGCUUCAUCAUACUGGUUCUGUCAUGGUGGCAGUGGCUCUUGUCACAGCAGCAGCUCCAUCGUGGUAGCAGCAGCUCUGUCCUGGCAGUGGUUCCAUCGCAGUGCCACAGUGGAGCUGAGACAGACACUGGCAGCCCUAUGCGGUCAGGAUGGCAGCAUCGAACGAUGCCCGCUCUGGUGCGUGCCAGGAUGGAGGGGACGGUGCUCUUCCCGGUGCUGCCAUUCCCAGGGACAUCCAGCCCCACCUCUGACCUUCUUGCUGCAGAUCUCCUGGGGGGCAUCGUGUGCUGCCAUGUUGUCCCACUCCCAUCACAGCUCUUCCUGGCAGGAAUGCUGGCAUGACCGGAGCAUACGAGGCCUCUCCCAGAAGAGCUGCUUGGCUGGGAUGCUCUUCCCAGCAUGGUGGGUAGUAGGACAGUCCCAGUGGGAUUCAUCCCACUGCAAUGGGUGCCGGUGAGCGUCUCUCCCCGUGUCACCUCGCAAUCUGCAUCAUCCAGCUGCGCUUGGCAUUAAUAUUUCAGGGAUGCUGUGCAGGAUAAGGAUGCCUAAGCAGGCGCGGUGGGAGGUGCUGCCAGCAGCACUAUGCUCUGCACAUGCUCCCGCCGCUGCGAUUCCAAGUUAUUUAGGUUAGCGGGAGUGGAGCAGGCCAGGAUCCCCCCCCUCGGCACCGCGGCCGCACCGAGCAUCGCCGUCGGAUGCCACAAGCUCCUAGCUGGUUUGUGACGGGCACUGUUGACUCCUAAAGAGCUGGGAAACCGGGAAAGGUGCUGAGAGACGGAGCCGAUCCGGCCCGGCGAGGGAUACCGGUGCCUGCCAUCGGUGCCAGGAGCCGGGCUGGACGACCUCUCUGCGCUCCAGCAGCGCCGGCGGGACAGGGCAGAGACACGCAUCCCAGCGUUUUGUUCACCGUUGGGCCUUGAUUAGCGGCCGGACAAUUAAAAUGCAGCGCUGGGGCAUGGCCGUCAAUGUGUACUCGACGUCGGUGACUAGUGAGAACCUCAGCCGCCAUGACAUGUUGGCAUGGGUCAACGACUCCCUCCAGCUCAACUACACCAAGAUUGAGCAGCUCUGUUCAGGGGCUGCCUACUGCCAGUUCAUGGAUAUGCUGUUCCCCGGCUGCGUCCACCUGCGGAAGGUGAAAUUCCAGGCCAAGCUGGAGCACGAGUACAUCCACAACUUCAAGGUCCUGCAGGCGGCCUUCAAGAAGAUGGGAGUGGACAAGAUCAUCGCAGUGGAGAGGCUGGUGAAAGGCAAAUUCCAGGACAACUUUGAGUUCAUCCAGUGGUUUAAGAAGUUCUUCGACGCCAACUACGACGGGAAGGAGUAUAACCCGCUGCUGGCGCGGCAGGGCCAGGACGCUGCGCCCCCCCCAAACCCAGGUGAUCACAUCUACAACAAACCCAAGAAACCCAUUGGCACUGCAGUCCCGCAGCGGACCUCUCCCACCGGCCCCAAGAACACCCCCAACCCAGCGCGCCUCAGCAAUGUCCCCAGCAGCAUCCUCCGGAAAAACUCCCCCGCUGCCCGCAACGGCGGCACCGAGGCUGAUGCACAGAUCCUGGAGCUCAACCAGCAGCUGAUGGACCUGAAGCUGACGGUGGACGGGCUGGAGAAGGAGCGAGAUUUCUACUUCAGCAAACUGCGGGACAUCGAGCUGAUCUGCCAGGAGCACGAAAACGAGAACAGCCCCAUCAUCACCGGCAUCAUCAGCGUCCUCUACGCCACGGAGGAGGGCUUUGCCCCACCAGAGGAUGACGAGCUGGAGGAGCAGCAGCCAGAGGACCAGGACGAAUACUAACCCCGGCACGUUCCCACGCUGCCCCGCGCUGUUCCCCCACCACAGACAUUGGAGGCGUGAGCCUUGCGCGCCUCGCCCUGCUCGCUCACACGCCAUCGCGGCCUCCGGCAGCCCAGCCCGCCGCCUCGGCAUCCAGCAGCUCCGCCAGGAAGCCACUGUCUCUCUCCAUCAUAACUUCAUGGCCACCCAGCGAGGAGCCAGGGCUGUGGGGUGGGGAUGGGCUCCGGUCGCUGCUCUUGGCUCUCGCCACCCAUAUCCCAUAUUUAUUUCCGUUGUCCCCCUCCGCCUGCCCCGCUGUGUGAGAGCGAGAGGGAAAAGCUGCAUCCUUGAAGGGUUUUGCCAGGAUGGAACGUGCUCGCGUGCUGCCUACAUCCUGCCAGCCCCGGAGCCUGGGAAUUGGGGCUGGAGCUGGCUCUGCGACAGCUGCACUGUGCAGCCUGCGGGGAGGAUGCAGCGCCGAGGAGGGAAUUGUCGCUUCAGAUUCCUGGGAAGAUGGAAAAGGAACCCCAGGCUGGCAGACGAUGGCAGCAAGCAGAGGGGAAUCUGGGUGCUGCGGGCCAGGAUGGAGCAUCCCGGAGCGGGACCCUGGCCCUGCUGCGGGGAUUCCCGGCUGCAGGACCCUCUCCCCUCGCCCACCGCGGACCCCAGGGCGCUGGGGUGGCUUUGCCGCAGCGCCCGUCCUGGCCAUCGUCUCCCCAUCGCAUCGCUUGUCUGGUUCCG